GCCCGCAGUGGAACACAGGUUAUUACCGAGAGAUGGAGCGUUACGCAGACGAUAUAACGUUAACGUACUGUCUCGGUGUUCGUGGUAACCGCCCAGAGUAGUCCUUUGAGACUACUGAUCAGCCAGUUAUCCCAGUUACAUAAGCGGUUGCGAAUUGCUUAUUAUGUAUUUAUGACUCUUAGUUUGUCUGUUGCAGCGUUGGGUUUUCUGGCUACGAAAUAUGCUGAAUACAUUCCCCUAAAUAAGGGCGAAUACCAUGUAUUGAAUGAACACACCUGGUUGUCUAGAGAUAGAACUUACGGAAUGAUAGUAGAUAUUAAGGACGGUAUUCUCAUUGGUUGUUUGGUUAUCACUGCUAUUAUAAACAAAUUAGCCUUAGCCAAGCGGGAAAUAAUGAUUAAAUAUGACUCUGACUAUAAAAAACAAUUUAAGAAAUUCUGCGACAACAGCACUGUAGGAGAUAUAAGGAAACUCGAAGCUGAGAUGUCCUGAACCCAGUAUCCCGCUUGACAACCGGGACCAUGAUACGUAUAUACCUGUACCUGUUGUGCCAUCGCUGGCUGAGACGCUGAAGGGUCGGGCGACGUUGCGUCCACUAGCACCCACACUAACCUUGAAGGUGCGUGAUCUUGAUCAACGCAGGCGAAGAUCUCCAUUCCGAAGGGUGCCAUCCGGCUACGCAAGGGCCGUGAGAAGGGUACGCAGGUGGAAAUGAUCAAGGUGGGCACCAAAGACGCGUAGGUGUUACUUAAGCAACAUCAGCACAAUGUGGGAUGGGAAGUCUGCUAUGUACGUGCGACACGGCGCACUAAACGUUGCUUCAAAGUUUGGUGUACGGGGCAUUUGAGCUACUCGUGCACGAAAGAAGACCGUCGCAACUUAUACAUGUGAUGCGGUGAAGAGGGCCAUGAUGGCAUUGGAAAAUCCCUGCAAGGCCACCAUGCCAUUUAAAAAAAACACAAAAAUCCAUACUCGCGUCAUAACACCACUGUGGUGUGUCGGUGGCCAAAUCGUGCACCACUCCGUCAGUUUUCGUUGGAUCCGGACGUGCGACACCUCCCUGGAAUCGUCUUCGCGAGAGCCAGCUCUUGCCGUACCAGGGGGGGGCGAUCCAGUAAACGGCCCCGGAACUGGGUUUUGCGUGUGUGUGUGUGUGCGCGCUAGAAUUUCAUCCGUGCACCAUUUCGGAACCGCUGGUCCGAUUUGGACGUCCGACACCUCGUUGGAUUCGUCUCGACGAGACCUACUUGCUGCCAUCAAUCCGGAAUCGAUCAACGAAGAGGCAAGUAAGUUGAUUUUUUAUUAGGGUCUGCUUGGCACCUGGGGAAGCCAAGCACCAUGGACGGUGCAAGGUCUUUGCGGUCGAGGACCUUGUCGACGGAUGAGAGGGCUGCGCCGACGACUCGUCCUACAUUGCAGCCGCGAGUGCUGCUUACGAGGUCGUCGAUGCCGGUCGUCAAGGAGACGACCUCUACCGGUUCUGCAGCGCAACGCGACGAAGAGAUGCGCGAGCUUCGUCGCACCAACGAGGAGCUGCGGGCCAUGCUCGCCAAGCUGCAGGAGGAGCUGUCCCUCUUCCGGGUCCAGAUGGCGUCAGCAGAAGCGAAUGCUCGUCGCGAUGCGGAGGUGGCACUCUCGGCGGCCGUACGUCGGGAGGAGAUAGCGGCGGCGGAAAUCGCCGCACUUCGAGAGGCGCUACGACUCGAUCGCGAGGCUCAUCGGCGCGAGCGUGACGCGCUUAAUGAGCUAAUCUUGCAGGUGGUCGGAGGUCAGCAGCAGCUGGGCGAGCCGAUACGCGCCUCUGUCGCUUAUUCGCCGACCCCAAUGCCACGGCGUCGGAUGGAGCAGCAGCAGAGUGAGCAGCAGUGUGGGCAGCAGCAGCAGCGGGAGCGACAGCAGGGUGCGGUGACGGCUAUGGUGGAGCCAUCUCCGGACCAGGAAGGCGGCUCCUGGGCUGAGGUGGUGCGCCGUAAGCCGGCACGUCAAUCAGCGAGCAUGCAGCAGCAGCAGCAGCAGCAGUGGCCGCAGCUGCCACAACAACGGGCGAAGGUCUGGCGACAGGCGGUUGCAGGACCAUCGUCUCAGCAGCCCCAACAACAGCAGGGGCAACAGGCCUGGCGUAGCCAGCCUGCAACACAGCGAGGCGGACGGCGUCAACGGCAGCGCAAGACCAAGCCGGACGCAAUCGAGAUCGCCCCAGCCGAGGGACAAACCUGGACUGAGGUUUACCAGGUUGUGCGUGGGGCUCCAGAAAUGGAGAAGUAUGCAGAGGCCUUCGGAGUCGGACGACGCACCACACGCUCCCGACUUGUGAUGGAGCUGAAGGAAAGCGCGAACGCUGCAGAGGUGCUGCAGUGUAUCCAAGAAGUGUGCGCGAAGGCGGAACUGCCGGCUUCAGCACGCUUGGUGACUCCCACGGUCGACAUCCGGAUGGACGCGGUCGACCCUUUAGCGAAGGAGUCACACGUGGCGAAGGCACUCUCCAACCUGUGCCAACUCACCGUGGAGGAGACGUCGGUUCGGCUGCGACCAGCGUGGGACGGCACAGAAUCCGUUGUGAUUGGAUAUGCAGCUAAUGACACAGGAGACGGCAUGCCGAACCUGGCAGCGGUGAAAGGUCUAGAAACAGAAGUUCACCAUGACCGUUGCCCGGUUUACGGCAAAUCGUACUUAACACGACAUCUGACUGCCCCUGUUUGGGCUAGAAGUAGGGAGGGGCGUAUCAUAGACGUUUUAGUCGGCUGUUUUCCAGCACCCGGCGAUUGCGACUGUGCUACGGCCAUCCAAUAUUUCAACGCUCAGAGGGGCGAGAUGGUCCUUAGCCCGGAAGCAGUUCGUAAAGGCAUAAGACGGAACUCAACGUACUUCGUCCAUUCAGUUGGUGGAGUCAGAGACAUCUUUAGAGCGAAUAUUGACUGCACAUGGGAAAGGGAUUCAAGGCAGCAGCGUGGAUCUAUAUUGAGUAUGGGAUCUGCGCACCCAAGAAGUCCGUCCAAGAGUACCUCACGUAAUGUGGGGAUUCAAGUGGCGGCGCCUAUGCCAGCUAGAGUUCUGGCAAAGGUUAAAUUAAUUGAAAAGGCUAACAAGCCUGAACCAGAAGUAGUCCGGCAACUUAGGAACCGGACUGUAUUAGCAGCGCCGGCACCCGGGGUGUCAAAGUCAGCUAAGAAACGCGCCCAAAUUCGGCGGUCAGAAGAGAAGAGAAUGGGACGGGAGCUAGCGGCCAAAGGGCCAAUAGCUCACUUCGGUGACCACUCCAUUCAGGGUGAGGGAGCAGCAGGUGUGUACUCAAAUAUCAUGCACGCAGCACUAGAUGAUGCACUAAUCGCGGGAUUCAUGAGUGACAAGGCCAACUACAACACGAAGGCUGUGGCUGGCUCUUUAACUUCAGCAAUUGGAGUAACCCAUACUGUGGCUACAACUAUUGCUACACAGAUAGGCCUAUCAAGGGAAAUCAACGAUAACACGGCGCUCUAUGCAAAAGGAUGGUUCCUUUGCCUACUGCAAGCGCAAAUUGAAGGGAACAGAGGGGCUUUUUAUGCUCCUGGGUGGAAUGCUGCAGGCGUUGAGUUUGCUGAACGCUCAUGGGGCGAUGAUGCCAUUGGUGGCCUGUUCGAAUCGGAUGUCUCUAAUCGUCGGUUCGUCCUAUUGGCUAGGUAUUUCUCAGCAAGGCAGAUCAAUUGCCUUAAGCACAUAGCCAGGGCUGGCGUUGCCACUGCAGCUCCAGCAGAAGCCGGCCGGGAGCCGCUUGGUAUGGCCGUUAACUGGUUUGCCGUUAAUAUAUCAGUUUACUACGCGGGCCAGCCGCCGGGUGCGGCCAUUAACAAUUUCACAGCCAGUUAUCCCAGUAGAAUUUUCGUCUGA